CAGAAGCAACCACCCUCAGAACUCCAUCGCACUGAGCCAAGGCAGUUAAAGAGGGAUCUACAUGGAUUAUGCCUCCAGUGCAGCUGCAGCUACGAUCGAGCCUAGCCAUGCUGAGCUUUCCUCCUCCCUCCUUCCAGCCUGGACUUUUCCAACGCCACUCAGGAAAAGAGGGGUGGCAGGAGAGGGAGGCAGUGCCCAGGAAAGCCCAGCCUUGCCAGGCUGUGUUUUCCUCUUGCUCCAGGCUGCCUUUGCUCUCCAUCUCCCUUGGAGGCUGGGUCUUUGCUCUGCUUUUGGUUCUGUCCAGCUGAGAAAGGAGGAGGCUGGAGAUCUUCCCCUUCUCCGGUGCCUCCAAUGGUGCCUUCCGAGGAAGGGCUCUGGGUGCCAGGACUGGCGGUGCCAGUCUGAUCGAGGCUCGCUGGAGCUGGCAUCGAGAGCUCAGGGUUGGGGAAGCCCGUGGUCCCUUGCCUGGGCUGCCAACUGCUGGGCUCUGCCUGCCUCCUCUCUUGGCUCGGGGCUCUCUCCCUCUCUCCUCCUUCCCUGUCUCUCACUCACUCACUUACUUCUUCUUUGACCAUUUUUACUUCUGGCCAUUUUCUUGCUUGGUAAAGCCAGGUCUAUAAAGGAAUACUACACCAAUUUAGCCUCCCUCAUCUACUGGGCAAGGAGAAGCUGCAGACCCAUAAUCAAAACACCAUUCCUGGUGUCAAGAUGUCAUUGAAAGUGCAGACGAGUAACAUCACAAACAAGAAUGACCCCAAGUCCAUCAAUUCCAGAGUCUUCAUUGGGAACCUCAACACCGCAGUGGUCAAGAAGUCAGAUGUGGAGACCAUCUUCUCUAAAUACGGCAGGGUGGUGGGCUGCUCCGUUCAUAAGGGCUAUGCAUUUGUACAGUACUCAAAUGAGAGGCAUGCGCGGGCUGCUGUCCUGGGGGAGAAUGGAAGAAUACUCGCUGGGCAAACAUUAGAUAUAAAUAUGGCUGGAGAACCAAAGCCAAACAGACCCAAAGGACUGAAGAGAACUGCAUCUGCCUUGUACAGUGGAUAUGACUUUGACUAUGACUACUACAGAGAUGACUUCUAUGAAAGACUCUUUGAGUAUCGGGGACGAGUCUCUCCCAUACCUAGGGUGGUUCCUGUAAAGCGUCCACGUGUGACCAUCCCAUUAGUAAGGCGCGUAAAAACAACACUCCCAGUCAAACUCUUUGCCCGAUCUGCUGCUAUUGCAAACAGCUCUGCCAAAUUAAAAUUGAAAUGCAAUGAACUGCAAACAAUUAAAAUGGAGCUGACACAGAUCAAAUCCAACAUUGAUGCUCUCCUGGGCAGAUUGGAGCAGAUUGCUGAACAACAGAAAGCAUCUACAGAGAUUAGAAAGAAAGCAGAUGGAAACAAAAGUGAAAUUUCCCAAGAAGACACAGCAUCAGAAACAGAAAUGAACACAGAGGAACCACUAAAUGGAGACGAAGGAGAAGAGGAAGGCCUUGUGCGAGAUGAUUGUGAAGAUGAAUUGGAGAACAGCCAUUACACAGAUGUGGAUGAUUCUAGCCUACAGUAACCAGCAUGUUCAGCACUGCAGCUACAAAGGGAGGACAGCAAGAGGUUAAACCCUGCCUUGGCAUGUUGAGCCAGACAAGCAUAACAUGCAGGACUGCCAUCAUCUCUCUGCCUGGCAUUCAAAAGGAGAAACAUGGACCAAUAUCUCCAAGCCGUUUUGUAGUACACAGCAAAGUAGUCAUCCCAGUGGAUCCUCAUCAAUACCUGCUCCCCCCAAUCCAUCCUUGUUCUACAGACUCAGAGCCCUGUCAUCAGCACAAGCACCACUUGUUCUGUGAUCUCCUGUAGCCAAAUAUUGGAACAGAUCAUUUUCUAUUGGCAGAUGAAAGUUUGUGGUUUUUCUAGCACCAGGAAAAAAACAAGAGUGUGAGUGUGAGUGUGAGUGUGUGUGUGUGAGAGAGAGAGAGAGAGAGAGAAUUGAUUCAGAGACAGAUGGAAGUGUGAUGUUCAAUAGCAAGAAACAUAAAGUUAUGUCACUAUGUACAAUUUAUGGGUUUUGAAUCUGAAAUCCUGCCCAUGACUGAGAUAGCCAGGGGGACUCCUGUUAGUCCAUUUGUCCCCUAACUAGCCUAACCCAAUGCCACCCUGGCACAAUGCAGACUGUAGCAUUUGGAGCAUGCCCUUUACUGGUGUGGUGUGCAUAAAGUGGUGUGCACUUUGGAAGAAUGGACAGAGAACAUCACUAUUAAAAGGUCUUUCUAUAAAGGAAUAACAAAGUACCUUCUUCCACCCUUUUUCCAAAGUAAUAGUUAAGAAAUGGAUCUAUACAAUCUAUAGAGGCAGAAGAACUGUGUGGCAUUAGAAUAGAUAACAUACUAAAAGGCACACAUUAAACCAAGCAUAUCAAAAUAAAGGGAUGCAUCUGGAAUGUUCAUUUCACAAACUGACAUGCCUGCUGUUCAUUAAAGUUUCAUAUGUCAUAUAUUUGUUCUUUGUAAAGAUAAGGUCAAUCAAAUGUGGUCCAAAGUAAAGGAAAAGGAUGUGAUGAUCAAACAGUAAUGGGAACCGGAAAAUCACAUGACAGCUGAAGCCACUAAUAACAGAGCAUGUGUCCUGUUUCUGAUAUAAGAGGCCUAAGAUGGAAGGGAGAUGUGUUUUUAGUCAUUCUCAUAUGCUUUAUCUUCUCUGAUAUUCAGGUGCUUUUAGCCCUUCCAUAACAAUAGAGAUAAAAUGUGAGCAAGGUUUAUUGCACAGGUUAUCAAACUGAAACAUCUUGCAAAAUGGCACCUGUUUUAUUUUCUUUCUGCAAUGUUCCCUUUUUCGUUAAACCACUAGAAAACAGUUUAAUCCUUGAUGCUAACUUCAGAAGUAGAUGAUAUGACACUUUCUUAGCAGUGUGACUUAGUCCUAUGGACUCUAACCUCGUCACCAAUUUGAGAGGUAGAUGGUGUGACAGUUCCUUAGCAAUGUGACUUGGUCUUCAGGAUUCCUGCUCAGAAGAGAACUGACUGCUCAAAAGGGAGAGAACCACAGCAUCAUAAAGGCUAGUUCCAAAGGACCUUAAUUUGACACUGCUUUCAAAGGAUUUCUGCUAGAAAACAUAUAUUCUGACACUGAGGAUAUCCUUUCCUUGGGAUUUUUUGACAGAUCAUGGCUGUCAAAGCACACAUUUCUUUAUUGAAAAUAAUAUAUCCUGGAGAGCUAAAAUGAGCAAGUGCUUUGAGUGUUGCUCUCUUUCUCUCAGUUGACUCUUUCAGCACAGUUUGGUCACUUUAUUGUACUGGGCUAUUUUAGAACAGCUUUUUAGAUCUUGUUUUGCUAUGACCUGAUCAUGAGGCUGAGCUAUAGAAAGAAAGCAGGGGAGCAGGGGGGUUUGUAUAUAAAAAUCCUGUACAAUAAA